AUGCCGACCGCAAAGAAGAAGCUGGGCGGGAUGGGGGGUUUGUUCAUGCGCCAGUCCGAUGGCAGUGUGAGUGGUCCUGGAAACAGCAGCAGCAGCAGCAAUCCCAGGGCAGGCGUGGUGGGCCUACCUGCAAGUCCCGCGCCAGUGGUAGGCCACGCACAGGCACUGGCCCAGGCACAGGCACAGGCACAGGCCCAUCUCCAGCAGCUGCAACCCCCACCAGAAAUUGUCACCGCCCGGCAACAAGCUCAAGACGCGCCAACAGUAACCACGCGCUCCAUACCCGUGCCCAAGGGCAGCCGUUUUGCCGCCACCAGUACGCCUGCCGCUUCUUCGAGCCUCCCUGCGCAACAUUUUCACCCGAUGCAGCGGACCAGGACGUCGGCCUCGGACAACGCUGGCGCCGGCAGUGGUGGUGCUGCUGGUACUGCGCGUGGCCAAAACGCGUGGGAAGACUCGACCGUUGCCUCAAUGUUUGGCGACAACGAGAGCAGGGCUGCAUCCGACAGCAGAUAUCGUGGUCACCAGCCCGCCCACGGCCGCCACUACAGUGACGCUCCCUACCAGCGCCCGCACCAAUCCCACGCCCCUCCGAGUCCUCCCAAGACUCAACAACAGCAGCAGCAGCAGCAGCACAAUCAAAAUCAACGUAGUCGGCACGAUGAGAACUUGCCGUUUGUCAUUGGCGAGAACGGAUUGCUCAAGGUCAUAACGCCACCCAAUGGUCCGAUCAGCCACACUACUGUGCCCCUGGUGACCGGCAUCUCGAGCGGCAUCCCCCACAACCACCAGGCCGUCCGUUUAGACGACGUAUAUCAAGACGAGCGCCAGCUGUACGAUUCCCCCCCUAGCAAACUUAACCUCAGACGUACCAAGCUUCCACACAGGGAUGCCCGUGACCUGAAGAGAGACUCCUUCUCGGACAGAUCAGAGGGCCAGGGCCUGGGAAUGUCCCCGGACAGAAAUUCCGAAGCUGGGAGCCAUAUAGACAAGCUCCGACUAGAAGAGCGAGUGCGCCGUGACCGCGAACGUGAGCGUGAGCGUGAGGAGGAGCGAGAGAGAGACCGGCAACUCGAGAGGGAGCGCGACCGCGAACUCCUCCACAAGCGUUCUACUGUCUUCGAGAACCUUUCUGCCGUCGAGUUAGACGAGCCUGCAUUCAACAAUACACAGGCCGCCGUGAUUCAGACCAGCAGUGAAAUCAGCCCCGAGGAUAUCAAAGACGCCGCCUUGCAGCGUACGCCACGCGCGGUUCGCCAGCAACCUGUCCCCCAGCAGCAGCAGCAGCAUCAGCAGCAGCAUCAGCAGCAGCUGCAACUGCAGCAGCUGCAAGCAAAUCUUUUCAACGUCGAGACAUCGUUGCGACGCACAGAGAGCCGUCGGCUCAAGGAACCCGCCGCUAAAGAGACGUCAGUCAGGAAGCGGCGCCACAGCUUAGACUAUAACGACGCAGAGCUACACGCCAUGAGCUACUCAGACUUGAGGGGCCAGGAAUUUGACUUUGACCCGCAGGCGGCUGCUCUGCAGCAGCAGGCGGCACUGCCGGCGGGCGGGCCCAUAGAGGAGCGGUUGGAGCACUACAAGCGCAAGGGCAGCCUCGACCAGCACGAGUUCUUCACCCGCAUCACGGUUGACGAGUGGGACGAGGCCGGCGACUGGUUUCUCGAGCAGUUCACAUCGGUCGUUCAAAAUAUGAAGAAGGCCCGCCGCAACAAGCGCAAGCUGAUCCAGUCGUUUGAGGGCGAAGUUGCGGCCCGCGAGGAAGCCGUCCGCGUUAAGAUUGAGGGCAUAGGGCGCACUCUAGAAGAUCUGAAGCAGGAGGGCCAGACCAUGAUGCAGGGAAAGGACAUGGAUUUGGAGUUUUGA